AUGUGGCUCUUUCGAGCACUUUCUUCGGCUCUUUUCCUGACCGUCACUGUUUCCUCUAUCCCGCUGGCGUUUGACGUGGGUGGAAAGACAUGCGGUUUGGCCUUUUCGCUCUCCCUUGCGAUAUUCUACUUCCUUUUCUCCGUCCUGAAACUCACCACUCCUGAGCGAUCCUGGUUUCGCUCCUCCGUCAUUGUUCUAGUCAGCUCCGUGCAAUGGCUUAUCAUUCCGAUUCUCCUUAUCUGGUCGCUCAACCGGUUCUCCGUCGACACCGAUAAUAGUACCUCAUGGGUGGAACGGACCUUCAGCGGGAAGCGUGCGCACGACUCGUCAAUUCAAGGUUGGAUUUUUGGCCGUGAUGGGCUACUGGAGUCUGUGGCCAUUGGCAACUGGGAUAAACUCCUGCGAUGGUCGACUCCGGUGUUUCAGCUUGCAGAAGGGUUUUGCAGUUUGCUGGUUAUUCAGGCCGCGGGUCAGAUCACGCGAUGGCUUGUGAAUCGUGGUGGACGGAGUGAUAGUUGGAUGAUUGGCCUUCUUGUCCUCUCGGCCUCUGUUAUAUCGAGCUCAGUAUACUUCCUUUGGCGCGUUCUCCAGUUCCCUGAGAUCUCCAACGUCGAUGCAGCUCUGAUAGGAGUGACUGUGACAUGCGCUGUAAUCCUGUGCGCCUGGGGGAUUGGAAGCGGCCGUGGCAAUCCAGUUGAGAGUUCUCUUCUGUUUGCUUAUGUUGUGCUGUGCAUCUACCAGAUAUUCACCGACUAUCAGCCGUCGCACCCAGUGGAACAGCCAGUCCAAUCACCUUCACAAGCGGGAGAUUUCCCUCCGCUUCCUCCUAUCAUCAUGGCCUCAUACACAACUCUAAUGCACGCCUUAUCCUUACUACCUUCUAUCAUUCAUGCAGCGUUCAACAUGAUCACUGCUGUUUUUAGCGCAGUAACACCAUCUGUGUUGAUCUCACUCACUUACCGUAUCCUAGUGCUGUAUGCGUCUACCAGAAUCAUACCUGCAGUUCGGGAAGCUGGGGCUCGCGCGCUGUCACAGGAGGCGUCCCUAGAUGACUCGGAUGCUGCUGGCCAGUUUCUGGGCUUCUUGAGCUAUUUCUCUCCUUCUAUCCUCAUUUCUGUUUACACCAGCCUUCUCAUGCAACAUUUCGCAACAACCUCGCAAGCCAUGGGCGGUAGUGGGCAGUGGUGGAGUGCACAGGGCGCUGGGGGCGGCAAUCUCUGGCGCUGGAUCAACCUGGCUAGCAUUCUAGCCCUGUACGCUGUCGAGCUAUGGCUCGGGGCCGCUGAUGACCUAGAUUCAGGGCUGGCCGGUCAUUGGAAGACAGACUGA